AUGACACACUGGAGAAUUGGCUCUCCCAACGCUAUUGACCUCCCUGAUGAUGAUGAAGAGCCCGAGAGGCCUUCGACGAGGAAAAAUAGGCGAGCUCCUGCAAGCGAGGCGCUACAGACGACGCCGAGGGCGGAACCAGUUGUUCAGGACACUGGCGACGUCAAUCGGGGUUUUGUUACCUUCGCUGAGCCACUGUCGAGUGCCUUGCCUUCUUCGUCGACUGCUCAGGCCCCUGUCGACCCGCCUUCAGUUUUUGCGACCCAUCAUGUCCCAGAGGACAAGGUGAAUGCUGCUAAGGAAGCCAUACGCCAGGCGGGCAUUAUGAUGGAGAAGAUGAAGACGGUGCGGGACGCCAGCCAAGCCGCCUAUGAUGCCAGCUCGGCUCUCCAGAGCAACGUUCAGAAAUCUUGUGAUCUUGGAGCUCGCUUUGCUGACUUGGAGAAGCAGCAGAUUCAACUGAACCUUUACUUGGAGCUGGCCAGGAUAGAGCUGCAAAAUGUCGGAGACGACGCCGCAGGCUGCAUGUCUGAGUACUUCGAUCUAUGA